UUGGAGAAGAAACCAUACAGUCAUCAAGUUUCCACCGAAUUCGUCGCACGCUGACCCGGCGGCGGCAUGGCAGGACGCAUCAGGAAGGAGUUGGAAGAAUGCCAACGCGGCGUUGAAUUGUCCGGUGUCUCGGCGUCGCUGCGCUCAGACGGCGUUUGGGAUGCCCUCGUUGGUACCAUCCGCGGGCCCGUGGGUACGCCGUAUGAAGGCGGCCAUUUUGUGCUGGAAAUCAACAUCCCAAAGACAUAUCCCUUUGAGCCGCCGAAGGUUCGAUUUGAAACGAAGAUUUGGCACCCCAACAUUUCGUCGCAAACAGGAGCAAUUUGUCUCGACAUCCUGAAAGAUGCGUGGUCCCCUGCCCUAACGAUCAAAACCACCCUCUUAUCCAUCCAAGCGCUGUUAUCUGCUGCCGAACCCACAGACCCACAGGACGCGGAAGUGGCGCGCAUGUACAUUCACGACAAAGAACGUUUCAACAGCACGGCGGCUUUUUGGACGCAAACUUAUGCCACGGAAAAGUCGGAGAACGACAGCGAAGCAGUCCAACGCCUCAUGGACAUGGGAUUCCCCAAGGAUAAAGUGCACAAGGCGUUGGCAGAAGCCAAGGGCGACGAAAAUGCCGCGGUCGAACGACUCCUGACAACUAUGUAAUGCCGUGUAUAUGAAUACUUUCAUCGUGCUCUUCCCAUAUUCAACCUUCGCACAAUCGUUGCGGACAAUAAGAUCAUCUCAUCAUGGGACGCAUGCACCCUCACACAUCUCAUGUCGUUGGCUCAUCG